AUGGGAAAUACAACAUGUAAUAUAAGUAACUUUGUAUUAACUACUGUUUAUGGUGACUACAUCUGGAUAGAACCCGCUACGGGCAGAGAAUUCGAUGUAGCCAUUGGUGCUCGUGUCAUAUCAGCGGAGGGAAGGCGCAUACAAGUACGUGAUGAUGAUGGUGAUGAAAUAUGGUUAUCGCCCGAGAGGCGCAUUAAAGCAAUGCAUGCCUCCUCGGUGCAAGGUGUGGAAGACAUGAUCUCGUUGGGAGAUCUACAUGAAGCGGGAAUUUUAAGAAAUUUACUAAUACGUUACAAAGAUAAUUUAAUAUAUACCUACACCGGUUCCAUUUUGGUGGCUGUUAAUCCCUAUCAAAUAUUACCCAUCUAUACGGCCGAUCAAAUAAAACUAUAUAAAGAGCGUAAGAUAGGAGAAUUGCCACCGCAUAUAUUUGCUAUAGGCGACAAUGCCUAUGCUCAUAUGAAACGUUAUCGCCAGGAUCAAUGUAUAGUGAUAUCGGGUGAAUCAGGUGCCGGUAAGACGGAGAGCACAAAAUUAAUUUUACAAUAUCUAGCAGCCAUUAGUGGUAAACACUCCUGGAUUGAACAGCAGAUAUUAGAAGCUAAUCCUAUAUUGGAGGCUUUUGGUAAUGCUAAGACUGUAAGAAAUGAUAAUUCCUCUAGAUUUGGCAAAUAUAUUGAUAUACAUUUUAGUGCGAAUGGUGUUAUUGAGGGAGCCAAAAUCGAACAAUAUCUUUUAGAGAAAUCUCGUAUUGUUUCACAGAAUCAUAGUGAACGUAAUUAUCAUAUAUUUUAUUGUAUAUUGGCGGGUUUAUCGGCCGAAGAGAAGAGACGUUUAGAUUUGGGCAAUGCAGCGGAUUAUAAGUAAGUAGUCUCAAAGCCC